UACCAGGAAGAGACUGACUUAUUAUUUCUCUUUUCUGUCAUACUGACUCUCUUCUCUCUUGACAAAAGCAAUAAAGAAUCAGCGAUCAGUGGAGAAUGAAGAGAAACACUUUCAAGAAGGAUUUUUGAGACAUUUGUUUCUGAACAGACAGCAGAUCGUUGUGAUUCUCAAGGUGAUUCAUUUUGAACUGUCGUUCAGAAAGUGAAAGUAAAGUUUAUACUGCUGGAGCUCAAACAGUGAAAAUGGCUUCACUAAAUGUUUCUGCUGAAGAUCUUUCUUGUCCCGUGUGCUGUGAAAUCUUCAAGACUCCUGUUCUUUUAUCAUGUAGUCACAGUGUCUGUAAAGAGUGUCUUCAACAGUUCUGGAGGAUCAAGAAAACUCAGGAGUGUCCUGUCUGCAGGAGGAGAUCCUCAAGAGAACAUCCUCCAAUUAAUCUUGUGUUAAAAAACUUGUGUGAGUUGGCCCUGACGGAGAGAAAUGAGACGAGUUCAUCAGGAUCUGAGGAGAUCUGCAGUUUACACAGUGAGAAACUCAAACUCUUCUGUCUGGAGGACAAACAACCUGCGUGUUUAGUGUGCAGAGAUUCACAGAAACACGUCAGUCACACAUUCAGACCCAUCAGUGAAGUGGUCUCAUCAUAUAAGGAGGAGCUCAAUACAGCACUGAAGUCCUUACAAGAUAAACUUCAACAAAAUGAAAACAUUAAAGGAGAGUUUGAGAAAACAGUUCAACACAUCAAGUCUCAAGUUGAGCACACAGAGCGUCAGAUUAAACAGCAGUUUGAGAAGCUUCAUCAGUUUCUCAGAGAUGAAGAAGAAGCUACAAUCACUGCACUGAGGGAGGAAGAGGAGCAGAAGAAGCAGAUGAUGAAGGAGAAGCUGGAGGAGAUGAACAGACACAUCUCAGCUCUUUCACACACAAUCAAAGACAUGGAGGAGAUGAUGAAAGCCAAUGACGUCUGCUUUCUGAAGAAGUUUCCAGUCUCAAUGGAAAGAGUCCAGAGCUCACAGCCGGAUCCACAGAUGGCUUCUGGAGCUUUGAUUCAUGUGCCGCGUUACUUGGGCAACCUGCCGUUUAGAGUCUGGAAGAAGAUGCAGGACAUUGUCCAAAACACUCCUGUGAUUCUGGAUCCAAACACUGCUUAUCCAUAUCUCGUCCUGUCUGAUGAUCUGACCAGUGUGAGAAACAGCGGGAACAAACAACCUCUUCCUGAUAAUCCAGAGAGAUUUGACAGGUCUCUCUGUGUUCUGGGUUCAGAGGGUUUUAACUCAGGAACACACUGCUGGGAUGUGGAGGUUAAAGAGAGUCAAUACUGGAGUCUUGGAGUAACUACAGCAUCAAACCAGAGGAAGGGAUAUGAUUUCUUCAACACUGAUGUCUGGAGAGUGUCGUACAGACUGUCUUCAGGUUUUUGUGUUAAACAGAAGCUUGAUCGUGUGAGAGUGAAUCUGGACUAUGACAGAGGAACGGUGUCAUUCUCUGAUCCUGUAACUAACACACAUCUACACACAUUCACACACACCUUCACUCACACACUCUUUCCAUUCUUCUGGUGUAAUGGGUCUUUCUCUCUGAGGAUCUUACCAGUAAAUAGUCAGCAAACGUUACUCCUGUAGGUCUGGAUCUUCCUGCUUUCAUCAUGUUUCCAAUAUUUAAUCCAGAUUACAUGACUAAGAGUUGAUCUGAAUAUCAGUACGGUGGCUGUGAUUGGACCAUGACUGAUAUCAGCACUAUAGCAACUUUCUAACACUCUCACAUUUCAUAUCAACGGAUAAAUAAACAAGAAGUUUAUUUAAUCAGGGUAUAGAAGUUUAUAAAGCACUUUACACAAUAAGUUAUUAAACAAUUUUAGGAUAAUAACAAUUUACCUGAUAAUUAUUUCAGUGAAGUUUGUCACUUUGCUAAUUUUCACAUAAUGGCCUAGACUAUAAUUUUUCUAGAAACUAAAUCUAAUUCUACACAUGCACAAUUUCAAUAAAUUUGUAAACGAAUAAUUGUUUAUUUCAGUUUAAAUGAUCAUUUGUUCACUUAAGUUCAUGGAUGUAAACAAUAAACACUUGAUUAGUGGCGUUUACGGAUCUGAUUCUAAAAAACAAAGAGUCAAUGGGUCUCAUUCACUAAUAAUUCCGUACACUAUUUGUAUACGCACAUUUGAAGUUCACACGAAAACUUUCUUCCUAAUUAACAACACAUGCGUACGCACAUAUUUUAUAAACAUCGUUUUAAUGUUGAUGAAUUCGGAAUAUUCUAAAUUAGUGACAGAGUGCCUGAGGUAAGUAAUUUACAUAAAACACGCACAAACCAUAUCUAUAUAGGGCAUUCCACACUCCCUUUUCUUUCGCCACUCUCAGCAAACAUGACGCUCUCUAAAGACACAUUCUCGCCUGAGAGCAGCGGAGCGAGAUCUUCAAGCAAUGCCAAGAGUGCCAUCCUCAAAGCAAUUUGAAACGCAAUAAACACAUUUUAUACAGACAUUACAGACCUCUGAUUAGCUAGCUGUACAUGCGCAUAUCUGCACCUUUAUGCAGAGAUACUUUGCAGCUUGAGCUAUGAUGCAGCUUUUAUUAGUUUAGACAUAUAUAUGAUGAAAUAUAACCUAUUUAAGGUCUAUAAUUUUAAAAUUUCAUAGUAACAUGUUUAUAAGGUCACCAAGAGUGUGUAAUUUUUCUUACGAGCGGUUUUAUUUCCUACAUUUCAGUUGCUACAGAGACAUCAAGAAUCAGCAUAUGAAUCUGAACAAUGGUGACAAUCAACAGCGUGCAUGCUGGGUACCAGCUGGUACAAAACUCACCCAUGGCAUGCAUUGCAAUGUGAAUAAAUUAUGCAACUUGUUUUGUUGACUGUGUCAUAGUUCUGUGAUGUUCAGAGUUGAUCUGUUUAUCUGAAUGUUGAUUGUCACUAUUCUUAAGGUUUGUAUGAGUGUUGAUGUCUAAGAGUGUCUCAAUGUCUAGUUUAAAAUUACUGAAUUAAAAUAACAUUUCAGCACAUUUGAGAAAUAAUCUCUGUUUAAAUAAUAGUGCUGAUAUGAUUCAAUCAGCUUUCUGAUGAAACUUAUUUUUAUUACAUUUUUUUUUACCGUUUUAUAGAACCUAAAUUUUAUUAUUGUUUGUUUUGAAUAAUUAGUGUUUGAACCAGUUAAAUUAGAGUUUAUUCUGUCAUAAAUAGUCAUAAAUAUUCUGAUCUGUUCCAAACUGCCGGCUGCUAGUGUUUUUAGUAAAAUUCUCUUGCAAUUGUUGAAAAAUAAAUUAUUUAACAGAAGUCAAGGGUCAAGAGCCCAAAUAAAUAAAACAUCAACAUUUAAACCUCUGUUAAUUCUCAACAAGAGCUUCUGUAGAUGUAUGACAGAAAUA